CCCGAUUCUCGCCUCUGGUUGGAGAGCAGUAGUUCCGCCCACGGUCGCCAUGUACCGCUCCGCUCGCUCCCUGCAUCGCUUCAGCGCGAGUUUGUCAGACCUGCGGGCCGCUCAGAGAUCAAUCAAAGCCUGCAACGCCUGUCCAGCACCCGGGCUCCAGCACCAGACCGUCAGAAUGGCCAGUUCAGAAGCGUUUCGGAUCGAGAGGGACACAUUUGGAGAGCUCAAAGUUCCCUCUGAUAAAUACUAUGGAGCUCAGACUGUCAGAUCAACCAUGAACUUCAGGAUCGGUGGAGUCACUGAGAGGAUGCCGAUUCAGGUGAUCAGAGCCUUCGGUAUCCUGAAGAAAGCUGCUGCAGAAGUCAAUAAAGAUUACGGUUUAGACCCAAAGAUUGCAGAUGCCAUCAUGAAAGCUGCUGAUGAGGUGGAGUCUGGGAAGCUGGAUGAUCAUUUCCCGCUGGUUGUUUGGCAAACAGGAUCCGGAACUCAGACUAACAUGAACGUCAACGAGGUGAUCAGUAACAGAGCCAUCGAGAUGCUGGGAGGAAAACUGGGCAGCAAAGACCCCGUUCAUCCCAAUGACCAUGUCAACAAGAGCCAGAGCUCCAAUGACACGUUCCCCACAGCCAUGCACAUCGCGGCUGCUAAAGAGGUUCACGAGGUUCUCCUGCCGGGCCUUCAGACGCUACACGAUGCUCUCGCUGCCAAAGCUGAACAGUUCAAAGACAUCAUAAAGAUCGGCCGCACACACACACAGGACGCCGUGCCACUCUCGCUCGGACAGGAGUUUGGCGGGUACGUGCAGCAGGUGAAGUACAGUAUUGCACGUGUAAAAGCGUCUCUGCCUCGUGUGUAUGAGUUGGCAGCAGGAGGAACUGCAGUCGGCACUGGACUCAACACACGCAUUGGAUUUGCUGAGAAGGUGGCAGAUAAAGUUGCUGCACUUACAGGUCUUCCAUUCGUGACUGCAGCCAAUAAGUUCGAGGCUCUGGCGGCCCAUGAUGCUCUGGUGGAGCUGAGCGGCGCUCUGAACACCGUGGCCGUGAGCAUGAUGAAGAUCGCUAAUGAUAUCCGCUUUCUGGGCUCUGGGCCUCGCUCGGGCCUUGGGGAGCUCAUCCUGCCAGAGAACGAGCCCGGAUCCAGCAUCAUGCCCGGAAAGGUGAACCCCACGCAGUGUGAGGCCAUGACUAUGGUGGCUGCUCAGGUGAUGGGGAAUCAUGUGGCCGUAACUGUCGGAGGAAGCAAUGGACACUUCGAGCUCAAUGUGUUCAAGCCCAUGAUCGUGAGUUGCAUUUAAAAACUACAAACUUAGUAAACCUCUUA